AUGGAGAUGAAAGAUAUGGACGAGAACGAUGAGGUCGCGACUGAGGUGGCUACCCAGGAGACUGCCCAGGAAGCUACUAUGGGCGCUACUCCGGAACAAACCGAGGAGGUGACUGAAAAUGUGAACGAUGAAGCGACUGAGGAAGCAAGCGAUGAGUCCAACAACGAAGCUGAGCACCCGGUAAUCGACGAUGCCAACCCAGUAGAAGAACAGGCCGACGAAAGUGAUUCAGAUGAAGUUGCUGAAACUGAUCCGACUGGGGACACGGAAAUGACCGAUGACCGAGAAGAAUCUCCCGAGGUUGUUACAAAUGGACUCAUUGAUGAUGCGGCCAUGGAAGAUGAGGAGGAGGAUGAAGAAGAAGAAGACGAAGAAGAAGACGAAGAAGACGAAGAAGAAGAAGAAGAAGAAGAAGAAGAAGAAGACUCCAAGGAUGGGGAUAUGGAUGGCUUUAUCGAUGAUGGGCCUGAGGAGUCAGAAGAUGAAGAAGUAUACGAAGAUGCCAAAGAUCAUGAAGAAUCUGGCGAAGAUGUUGCGAAUGGAACCGUUGAUGCUCAGCCAGGGGAGUCGGAUGAAAGCAACGAUCAGCUUGCGGCUCAACUCAAUGAGAACAACGAAUCUGGAGAGGAGAGCACAGAAUUGCCAAAGGGAAAUUUGGAGGUGACCUCGAACGGGAAAGCUGAUUCUGAAGAUGAAUCUUCGAAGAGUGACGAAUCCGAGUCCGAAUCCGAGUCCGAGUUAGAGUUGCCUUCACUGCGCAGGUCUAACAGAAAACAACCGAAUACUCCCAAGCCGGCUGCCCCAGGAUUCCAAUCUACUCAGCAGCUGGCCUCCUCGCAGCCGAAAUCAGCCCCUAAGACUACCCUCAAGAGUCUCUUGCAAGCUGCCAAGCAAGAGUCAACGCGCCAGCAAAAGCCAUCUCAAGCCCCAGCCAUCGCAGCCAAGCCCAGGACUUCUUCGCCUUCGAAGCCCAAAUCCAGCGUGUGGGAAGUACCAUCCUCAGACGACGAGAGCAAUGAUAGCGACGACAGCGAACAGGGUGAUAUCCUCCCCAAUGGUGAUUCCCGCAAGCCGCGAAAGCCUUACUCACUACGGGGUUAG